AUGAUUGUGAAUGACAUAAAUGGACUGCGAGAAAAUAUUGAAGAGGGCAUGCUGGAAUUCAAAGCGGUCACAGAUGACACAUGGUCAAAUCUGAUGGAGGAGCAAUUGCUCAUGUCUUCAAUACUUAAGCCGCGUCGAAGUAUUUCGGACUUAUUCGUCAGAAGAAAGAGGAACAUGGACGGAUGUGAAUGCGCAAAGAGGGCAGAAAAUUGUCCGCCUGGACCUCCUGGACCACAAGGUCCUCAAGGACAACCUGGAAGAGACGGAUUGAAUGGAACUGAUGGCCGAGACGGACCUUCAGGUGGUAGAUUCCUCUUUGACUCUGGCACAGACUCUGGUUGUAUAAAGUGCCCCAAAGGUCCACCAGGUCUUCCUGGCCGUCAAGGUCCACAAGGGCCUCCUGGAAUACCUGGAAAUCACGGCAUGCGUGGCCCUCCCGGUGACAACGGCGUACCUGGAAAGGAGGGACAAGAAGGAGAAAAAGGACCGACGGGACAUCGUGGACAUCCAGGUCCUCCAGGAGUGGUCGGAAAACAAGGCAUAAUGUAUCUGCCUGGCGAACGUGGUCCGAAGGGCGAGCAAGGUCCAAGAGGACCCACUGGAGAACCUGGGGCACCGGGAUUCCCUGGUGAGGAGGGUAAACGUGGAGCUGCGGGCUCUCCUGGUUUACCUGGUCGGCCAGGAAGAAGAGGACAGGAUGGAAAACCAGGAGAAAAUGGUAGAGACGGACAGGAUGGAGUGGAUGCUCGUUAUUGCAAAUGUCCACCGAAGACUAUUCAUCCUUGA